AUGAGAUAUAGCGCACUAUCUCUAUAUACGAGAUCUAAGGUGUCACUAAGACGUGAGAUUAUCUUAAUUAAAUCCUCGCCAGACCCUAUUACUCGAGACCUAGCUACGCCGGCUCCUCCACUACCACGACGUUCGAGACGUGCGAAUAUCGGAAUUGAUAAGGGCGACGGAGAAAUAUACACCCCUAUCGUUACUAAAUAUAUAAUCAAAAUCAUUAGCUUCUAUCCGCUUAAGGAUAACCCCUAUAUCUACGUAAAAGGUAAAGGUAUAAAUCUCACAAUCAUAAUAAUCUAUAUAGAUGAUUUUAUUAUCGUAGCCCCGUCGGAUAACAAUAUUUAA